UCCAUCAGCUGAAUGGGAAACCGUUAGCUGAGCGGUUCAGUAACCCGGAAAGCACGUGUGUAGAACGUGUAUUCUGCUAGCUAACAUCCUGGAGAUUAUUACAUUGUUAUUACACAUCAUUGGAGAUUAUUACAUUGUUAUUACACAUCAUUUGACUGACAAUAAGUACACUCGGGGUGGGGCAAUUAGGGGUUCAGUAACUUGCCAAGGACACUUCAGCAUGCAGAUGGGGAAGAGUGGGGAUUGAACCGCCAGCCUUCCUGUUGGAGAACAACCACUCUAUCCCCUAGGCCACACCGCCCCCCGAUGAGGAGAUGAUGCUCCAGGACGGAUCCACGCACCUCCUCUGCCUCACCGCCAGCAGCGGGGUCCCCCUGUUCACCCGGGGGGCCCCCAGGCAGCUGCCCUUCCCCGUCAUCGGCUCCCUGAACGGCGUCCACAUGUUCGGCGGCGGCCAGGGGGUCGAGCUGACCUCCUGCGAGACCGAGGGCGGGGGGAAGGUGGUGUGGAGGGUGUUCCGGGACAGCGUGAUGCUCAUCGCCGUCAGCGGAGGCGGCAGCAGCAGCAAGGAGGAGGAGGCUCGUCUGCAGCGCCUCCUGGAGGACGUGUGGAGCUGCAUGGUGCUGGUGCUGGGCCAGGACGAGCUGGCCAACAUGAGGAACGUGGAGAGGCUGAAGCGGGACCUGCGCUCCUGCUUCAGCCUCAUCGACCGGCUGCUGGAGGAGAGACAGCAGGGCAUCCUGGGGAACCUGACUCACUGCGCCGACUCGCUCCUGCCUCCCAACCCGGCUCUCCUCCAGCAGGCAGUGGACGGCUUCGCCCAGGCCGCGGACAGCGAGUUCGGAUGCCUCCUGGUCCACGGGCGGAUCGCUGCGGCCACGGAGAAGUGGUGGCGUCUGGCUCCGCAGGAGGUGGUGCUGCUCUCCACUGUGAUCCGGUCCCUCUCGGCCUCGGGAUCCGCUUCCUGCGAUUACCCGGUGUUCCUUCCCCACGGCAGCCCCACAGUGGCUCACCGCCUGCUCCGCUUCCAGCUGCUUCCAGGGGUAGACGUGUGCGUGCUGUGUGGUCCCACUCCUUCCCUGCACCGAGCCGAGAGCGAGCUGGUGGGUCGUUUCUGGUCCCCGCUGGUGGAGGCCCUGAGAGACUGCCUGGCCGUAGGAGAGCGCUGCAUGCCGACAUCUGUGCCCCUGCGCCCUGAUGUGAUGGCCCUUCUCCUCAUCAACCGCGAGACACGCCGGUCGGUCUCCUGUGUGCGGACUCAUCACCUGCCCAGUGACCCUCCUUUACCCUCGGAGGCCCGCUGCUGGGAGCUGCUGAAGCUGCUCUACAUCUUCAGCAGCACACGCUACUUCAGCCAGGAGGAGGCAUCGUGCGUCUCCCCGGAGGAGAGGUCUCACAGAGGCAACACUGAAGACUUUGUCCUGGGGUUCUCACACCAGCCGCUACAAUGCUACUCGGUCACAGAAGAAUGUAAAAGCUACGGACUUCAGACAGCACAGCACCAGCUCUUUCUGCUCACCCCCCCGUCGGUCCCCACCUUCGCACUGCGUUCUGUGGCCACGCAGACUCUCUCUGACAUAGUUGCAGCCACUGGGUUUUAAGGGAAAAGUUUACGUUGCUAUAACACCUCAGUUUCUGGUAAAUCUCGUACCUUUUGACCUAAUAAUAUAUCAUUGAAUGGGUGGAUAGCCUUUCAACUGUGAUUUGUAUUCUUUACGGAUUUUCAUGUUUUCUUUCUGAUGACUGCAAACAUACAAUUACAUGAUGACAAUCAGAUCUAUAGUAGAGGCAUAUAAAUAUCUUCCAUGUAUUCAUCUUUUAUAAAGACUGAUUGACAGACAGCACACCAGGCAUGUUCGAUAUAAUACGGUUACUUAUUUAAAAUAACAUUGUGCAACUUUUUGACCUAAAAAUAGCAGCUACAAAAUAAGUUGAUUGGUCACUGACUUAGAAGAGGGAGAAUGGUGCUGCUAUCAUUUCAGUGAGUUGGGUUAUUCUCUCAAAGCUCCAGGUUUUGGGGUUUUUUCUCUACAUGAAACCCCAAUAUUACUUGUGUGCCUGCAGAGGGCACUGUUGUUCAGUAAAACCCUAUGGUAAAACGUCACACAGCGUCCUUACAGCUUUGUUUGUCUUGUAAGUGAUCACUGUUUCCCAUUUAUGUUUAGCUUGGCGUCAGGGCUGUUGCUACAGCAAUGAAACCUGAGCAGAUCUCAGUUUCACAUUACAUUUUCUUACUGCUACUGAAUACUAAUGUUACCUCCUAGGAUUUCACUUCACCUCAGAGUGCAUCAGAGAAACGUGAAGAUGUUGCACUGGGAAAAAAUGUGCCUGCUGUCUGUUGUUUGAACAUUAUGAAUUGUUUGUCUCAACAUAAUAGUAUAUAUUUGUCUUUUCUAGUUCCUAUAUAUAUAUAUAUUUGGUUGAUUACUUUCUAUGGGUCUUUGUAUCAUUCAGGGAUUUAAUCCCAUUUUCUUAUCAAUUAUGAGAUAGUUACAAUAUUUGCACUCAAUGUGUUGAAUGUUUCAUUGCAAAACUCAAAUGUGCAACUUCAAAUAAGACAUAUAAACCAUUUGCCAAUGAAGCUACAUCAGCUCAGUGGUUAUAAUAUUACAUUUCAAUAAAACUGCCACUUAUAUA